AUGGUGAUCCUGCACACGAGCGCCACGCCCGCAGGCGGGCUGCCAGCUUCAGCAGCUGCGCCAGGCGGUGAUGCCCUGGUCGGUGCCUCCCUGUUCGUUUCCAGCCUCGAGCAGUCGAUCGCAUUCCUCCACGGCGCCUUCGGGUUUCAGCUGGUGGCCAGCCUGGAGCAGGAGGCGUGGCCGCGGGCGGUGCUGGCGACAGCCUCGACCAGCGGCAGCAGCGGCCUUGCCCUGGGUAGCCUUGCUCCCGGCAGCGCCAGCAUGGCGGAAGGCGCAGAAGUGGCUGGAGCAGCAAGAGGGCUGGGGCACUUCACGCUGGCGGUGCCAGACGCCUCGGCAGCAGUGGCCUUGCUAAAGAGCAGCGGCUACGGCAGCCUUGUGCUGGACGAAUGCUCGGCGGUCAUCCCUGUUCGGGCGCACGGCCAAUCCCACACGGACCGCACGGCUCGAGUGCGCGACAUCGAUGGCCACACGUGGCAGCUGAUCGAGCUGAGCUCCGGCAAGGUGCGCGAGCGGCUGUGCAGCAUCAUGAUCCACGUAUCAGACCUGAACGCCUCGCUGCCGUGGUACACAGGCGUGCUGGGCAUGCUGGUGCACCAGCGGUACGAGAGCCGGGAGACGGGCUACCUGUCGGCGCUGGUUGGAUACGGGGCUGAGCUGGAGUGCACGCUGCUGGAGCUGCGCCAGCAGUGGCAGCCGCAGGUGCCCGCCCACGCCCCCCCACAGCAGCCGCCGCAGCAGGCGGCGGCAGACGCCGCGGGGGUGCUCGCCAGCCUUGCGCGGCAGGCGCCGCCGCCGCCGCAGCGCCUGUGCCGCCUCCUGGUGCGGACCCGCAGCCUGGGGGCGGCGGCCGAGAGGCUGCAGGCGCUGGGCCAGCCCUUUGAGCGGCUGCAGCUGGCCGGCGCCGAGGACCCGACGGUUGCGGCAGAGGCGCUGGCGGUCGCCGACGCCGACGGCUGGCGGUUCUGCUUCGUGGGGGGCGGGGCCCAGCAGGGCGGCGGGGAUGAUGCGGCGGUUGGUAUGGAGGAGUGA